AAGCAAUUUUUUAUUUUUCCUUUUCCCAUUUCUAAAACCUUAAACCCCAGCACAGCAGACACAGCCCACGGCGGAGGAGCGGUGGAAAGAAAGAAGUGAAUGGAGAGAUGGCCGGGAAAGGAGCGCCUGAUUUCUUCUACAAAGAAGCUCAACGGCUCGGCUACGUGGCUCGGUCGGCGUUCAAAUUGGUUCAGAUACAAAAACAACACAAAUUAAUCAAACCCGGUUCUUCCAUUCUCGACUUGGGAUGUGCUCCCGGUUCAUGGCUUCAAGUUGCUUGUCAGAGUUUGGGUCCAUUCCACAACGGUGGUUCCGUUAUCGGUAUUGAUCACAAGAAAGUUAAGGUUCCUUCUAUGCACUGUGAUUCCAGGGUUCAAACUGUUUCUGCUGAUGUUAUGACCCUUCCUAAACGCCAACUCAGAGACCUUUCUCCAAAGCAAAAAGGAUAUUCUGUAAUACUUUCAGACAUGUGUCCCUUGGUUUCUGGAAUCACAACUAAAGAUGCUGCUUUGUCUUUUGAGCUAGGGAUGCGAGCAUUAGAUUUGGCUGUUGGCAGGGUUGCUUCUGUCUGCAAUUCUGAUGGUGAUAAUCAGGAUGAGGAGCAAUGUAAUGAUCUGCCAGGUUCAGAUGAUGGGGGAGUGUUGCGAGUUGGAGGUCAUAUUGUUAUCAAGCUAUUGGAGAGUGAAGAUGCCAAAGAAAUCAGCCAGAUUUGUAAACCAUUGUUUGCAAAGUCGUCGUGGCUGAGACCUAAAGCCACAAGACCUUCGUCGAGAGAGAUCUAUUUGAUAUGUCAAGGAUUAAAGCCAGAAAUAAAGAUAUAAGUUGUUUCAUGAGGCUUGUCCUGGUGAAUGUUCGGCGUGAGCAGAAUACAAAUCCUGUAAGUUGCAACCAAAGUUCGAUGGUUUUUUAUUCUGUAAUACAGUGCUGUCAAAUAGUGGAUAUAACAGCGUUAUAGUGCUAUAGUGUAGCGGCUAUAGCACCUGUAGCGUAGACAAAUUUGAAUAGACCACAAUUUUCUGCAAUCCAGGAUUGACAACACAGCUGUAAUGUGAAAUUGGAAAAUUCCCGAGUUUAUAUAUCCAAGUUUUGAUGCUAACAUUAUUCUUGAACUUUAACUCUUCAAUGCCUUCUUAUUUGUUAAGGGCUGUAAGAGAUUAUUUAUUUUAUUUAUGUUGGAAAAUAACAUUUUAUUGUUUAUUGCUCUUGCUCAUUCAAAAUCUGAUGAGAUGGAAAAUAACAAUGAUGCAUGUUUCUUGUGAA